AUGGCUUCCCUCGAGAAGAACGAGCUCAAGGUCCAAGGUGUCGUUGAGGCUGCCCAGGACCCUGAGAGCAACGUUUCGGCCGAAGAUGCCCAGAAGAAGAUUGUCGAGGAGUCGAAAAAGGCCGGCAUUACGGCUUUCACCUUCGAUCCCGAUGCGAGCCCCGAGGAGAAGCGCGCCCAAGCUGCAGCUGCUGUCCCGCCCGGCUUUCACUCCCAACGGUCAAAGGGUGUUUCCAUCGUGACUGACGUCCCUGAUUCGAAUGAACCCAUCACCGACCUUCCUGAACCCACCAAGGCCGGCGUCAUCGAAGUUACUAAAGACAAGGAUGGCAAGGUCAUCCAAACAGGAGAAGAUCCCGAGGGCAAUGACGAGGAACCUUAUACGAGAACUGGCUGGGCCCCUCAGUUCGGCUGGCCGAAAGACGACGUUCUCGAGAGCACUAGCCUUCUCGACCACUCCACUUGGCUCGAGAGCAACAUCCCUGACAAGUUCUAUGGUGAUUGGUACCACAAUGCCGGCAUCAUUGUCUUCGCCUGCAUUUCUUCCUGGUUGGUCGCCGUUCUGGGCGGCGGUCUUGGCUGGGUCUUCAUUGUCAUGGCCGUCUGUUCAACCUACUACCGUACUUCCAUCCGUCGCGUUCGACGCAAUUUCCGCGAUGACAUUAGCCGAGAGGUGUCCCUGAGGAAACUUGAGACGGAGACCGAGUCUCUUGAAUGGAUCAACUCGUUCAUGGUCAAGUUCUGGCCAAUCUACCAGCCGGUCCUGGCUCAAACCAUCGUCAACUCGGUUGACCAGGUUUUGAGCUCCGCCACUCCAGCUUUCUUGGACAGCUUGAAGCUCAAGACCUUUACACUCGGAUCCAAGCCGCCGAGGAUGGAACACGUCAAGACAUACCCCAAGGCCGGAGACGACACGGUUAUUAUGGAUUGGAAGUUCAGCUUCAAUCCUAAUGAUACGACAGACAUGACUUUCAAGCAGAUCAAGAAUAGGGUCAAUCCCAAGGUUGUUCUCGAGAUCAGAGUCGGUAAAGCCAUGAUUAGCAAGGGUCUCGACGUCAUUGUCGAAGACAUGGCCUUCUCCGGUAUCAUGCAGCUCAAGAUCAAAUUGCAGAUCCCUUUCCCCCACGUCGAGAAGGUGGAAAUGUGCUUCUUGGAAAAGCCCACCAUCGACUAUGUCUGCAAGCCACUAGGAGGUGAAACCUUUGGCUUCGAUAUCAACUUCAUCCCUGGUCUUGAAUCUUUCAUCCUUGAGCAGAUUCACGGCAACCUGGAGCCCAUGAUGUACGCGCCUAACGUGUUCCCAAUUGAAGUUGCCAAGAUGCUUGCCGGCACCCCAGUCGACCAAGCUAUUGGUGUGCUCGCUGUCACGCUUCACGGCGCUCAGGGUCUCAAGAACCCUGACAACUUCUCUGGCUCGCCUGAUCCUUACGCUGUGUUGACUCUGAACCGUCGACAACCACUUGCCCGCACGAAGCACAUCAACGACACCUCCAACCCGCGCUGGAACGAAACCCACUACAUCAUCAUCACCUCGUUCAAUGACUCUCUCGACAUCCAAGUUUUCGACUACAAUGACUUUAGAAAGCACAAGGAACUCGGUGUCGCCUCGUUCCCCUUGGAGAAUGUUGAGGAACUGGCUGUACACGAGAACGAGAGACUGGAAAUCAUCGCUGACGGCAAGGCCCGCGGCUUUGUCUCCUGCGAUGUCAGAUUCUUCCCCGUCUUGGAACCUAAGAAGCUGGAGGAUGGUAGUCUAGAGCCCCCGCCGGAGUCUAACACCGGUAUUCUGCGGUUCACCGUGGAGCAGGCGAAGGAUUUGGACGGCACCAAGAGUCUUGUCGGUCUUCUCAACCCUUACGCGACGCUGCAUCUUAACGGCAGAGACGUUCACCACACCAAGAAGCUCAAGAGGACGAACAACCCUAUUUGGGACAACGGCUCCAAGGAAAUGCUUAUUACCGACAGGAAGAACGCCAAGCUUGGUGUCACGAUCAAGGACGACCGUGAUCUCACUGGCGAUCAGGUUCUCGGCAAAUACCAGAUCAAGCUUGAGGACAUGCUGGAAUGCAUGGAAAAGGGGCAGGAGUGGUUCCACUUGUCCGGUGCCCAGAGCGGUCGCGUCAAGAUGAUGGCUCAAUGGAAGCCUGUUGCCUUGUCUGGUGCCAUUGGCGGAACUGGCGGCUAUGUCACUCCUAUCGGUGUCAUGCGCUUCCACUUCAAGCACGCUAAUGAUCUUCGCAACUUCGAGACCCUUGGAAAGUCCGACCCGUAUGUGAGGGUGCUCUUGUCAGGUAUCGAGAAAGCUCGCACCGUUACCCAUAAGAACACUCUGGACCCCGAGUUCGACGAAGUUCUCUACGUACCGGUCCACUCCGCUCGCGAAAGACUCGCUCUUGAGGUUAUGGAUGCUGAGAAGAUGGGCAAAGACCGCAGUCUUGGUAUGGUUGAGGUUUUCGCCGGCGACUACAUCUCGCAGGCAGAGAAUGGAGAGUACAACGUCCACGAUGAGAAGAAGCUCAUUCAAGGAGGUCUGCAACUGCAUGGCAAGGGCAUUGCGAAGGGUGUUCUGACUUACAACGUCGCGUUCUAUCCUUGUCUCAACGUUGCCGACCCUGACGACGAAGAGGAAGAGGAAGCUGAAGCUGCUGAGAAGCCGGCUGAGACCUCGACUCGGUCCGCCAAUGCUGGCAAGUUCAGCUCUAUCGAAGAGAAGAAGGAUAGUGGCGCCGAGCUCGAGCUUAGCCCACCAAAGACUCCAGUUACACCGGUUUCGCCAACCCUUCCCAGGAAAUCCAGGGAUGAGAGCGGCCCUCCUAAGAUAAGACUGUCCCCUCAGGAACUGUUGAAGUAUGAGUCUGGUCUUUUGAUCUUCAACCUGAUGGAGGCUGAAAUGCCGGAGCACAACACGCACCUAGAAGUGUGGGUUGAUGAUAUGGCUUUCCCUUCAUACACGUCGUCGGUAGCCAAGCACAAGAAGCACACCUUUGGAGAGAUCGGUGACUGUUUCAUCCGAGAGCUCGAUUUCUCCCGCCUGACACUCAAAGUUCGCGAGAAGGGCGACAAGGUUGAAGGCAGCCAGAAGGACAAGGAUCAUACCAUUGCCAAGCUCCAAGGAAACACCCUGGACACGCUUAAGCAAUGCUUGAACAACCCAACAACUCUUAAGUUGAAGGACAAGGAAAACCGUCCAAGCAGUGUCAAGGUCAGCCUCAAGUACAUUCCUGUCAAGAUGCAACUGGACCCCAGUGAGAGUAUCAACAACAUGGGAACUCUUCGUGUCGACGUCCUGGAUGCCCAGGACCUUCCUUCUGCAGACUCCAACGGCAAGAGCGACCCGUACUGCAAGUUUGAGCUCAACGGCGAAGAUGUGUACAAGACCAAGGUGCAGAAGAAGACUCUGCAUCCUGCCUGGAACGAGUUCUUUGAGGUCCCAGUACCCUCGAGAACAGCUGCCAAAUUCAAGGUCACGGUCUGGGACUACGACUUUGCUGACAAGCCAGAUUUCCUUGGAGCUGCUGACAUAAAUCUUGAGCAACUUGAUCCAUUCAGGCCAAGCGAAAGUCGCUUGAUUUUGGAUGGCAAGUCCGGCACGGUGAGAUUGAGGAUGCUCUUCCGCCCUUCGUAUGUAACGCGAACACGUCAAGGCACAUCUACCUUCUCGGGAACAUUUGCAGCCCCAGGCAGAAUUGUCACGGGUGUGGUGGGUGCACCCAUCAAGGUUGGUGGCGUAGUGGGCCACGGAGUUGGAAAGGGCGCCUCUUUCCUCAAGCGUGGCUUGUUCUCGCGGAAAGAUGACGACUCAGACGGCCCUUCGUCGAUCCCUGAGAUCCCAACUAUCGUCGAGAAUGGUGACAGCCCAUCUGGACCGACUCCUGGUCUUGGCCUCAAGCGAGCAACCGGCUUCUCCACCUCGGACGGCAGUGAAUCUCCGGAUACGCGACCCGGCACCUCCAAUGGUUCGACUCUAGGUCACACCCGGACGAAGAGCAACGGUGCGGCUUCCGUCCAUAGUAUGAACCCCGGCAGCCCAGGUGCUGGAACCGCCUCCUUUACUGUGGUCUCGGCCACAGGUUAUCCCCCGUCGACUGAUCUAUACAUUGUCAUUAAUCAGUUAACACCCAAGCCCAAGACUGUUGGAAAGACCAAGCACCACAAGGAUGCUACCGGUUUCUUCAGAUAUAACGAGACAUUUAAGUGCACUUGUACCGCCGAUACGCAGUUCAAGAUCGAGGCCAAGGGUGAGCACACAUUCAGUAGUGACGAUGACUUGGGCGAAGCUCUUUACUUCGUCGAUGAGAGCGGGGCAGGGGCAGAAAAGGAGAUCAAAGUCGGCAGCGGAACAGUUGUCGUCAAGAGCAACUUCAUUCCGUCUGCCAGUUCUCUGGAACCUGACAGUCCCAAAUCGAUCGUCCGCCGUAGCUUCAUGGGCAAGAGGGAAAGCCGAAGCAGGGAGGGAACGCCUAGCUGA